GCCCACCGCCAGCUGCGGUCAUGGCCGGGCGCUCUUUGCUCCCAGUUCCCUCCCAGUGCUCCCAGUAAGAGCGGCACUGGCAGGGAAAGCGCUCCCAGUUAAUCCCGGGGCUCUCAGCAUCGCUGCCGCUGCUCUCGCUGUCAUUCCCAGCGCUCCCAGUAUCACUCGCAGCACUGCGCGGGUUGCAGUGGCUUCGACACCGCCCAGGGCAGAGCGCGGCUGCUUUUGGGUGGCGGCCCGGGCAGGGAGCGGAGGAGGAGAGGGAGGAAGAGGAGGAGCGGGAGGAAGAGGAGGAGGAGCAGCAGCAAGAGGAGGAGCGAUUUUGGAACCAGGCGCUUCUGCCGCCCGCCCGCACAGAGCGCAGCUUCCCCCGGGUGCGGCAGCAUCGCCCCCAAAAACCCGCAGGAUUUCCCUAACCUUGGAUGAUUGAGGGGGAGGAAUAGGCCUUGAGGAAGUGGAAGAUGUCCCGGGAGCCACAGGCAGAAAAGGAGCUGAGCACGGACAGCAGGGAGGACAAAUCCCCGCGGCACAGCCUCGGGCGAGAGGCCGUUUGCAGCGGCUCCACGGUGCAGGAAUGCAACGGGGAGGAAAAGCCCCGCAGAUCCCGCAGCAGGAGGGGCUGCAAACGCACAGCCCGGGGAUCCCAGCAGGAAAGACCCAGCCCGCGCCGGGGAGGCGGCCGGAGCUCGGAGCUGGGGCUGGGUGAGCAGCUUCACCAUGGGGAGAAGCCCCACAAGUGCUCGCAAUGUGGGAAGAGAUUCGGGUUUAUAUCGGGUCUGAUCAGACACCAGAGAAUUCACACGGGGGAACGGCCCUACGAGUGUGGGGAGUGUGGGAAGAGAUUCAGUCAGAGCUCAAACCUGAUUGUGCACCGGCGCAUCCACACUGGGGAGAGACCCUACGAGUGUGAUAAAUGCAGGAAGGGGUUUCACACCAGUUCCACUCUCCUGAGGCACUACCGCACUCACAAAGAUGAGAGGCCUUAUGAGUGCCCUGAUUGUGGGAAGGGAUUUAAACACAGCUCCACCCUCGUCCAGCAUCGGCGCAUCCACACCGGGGAGAGACCGUACGAGUGUCCCGAGUGUGGGAAGAGCUUCUCAAGGGGCUCUCACUUGACCAAACACCAAAGGAGUCUCCACUGAGAGAAGCCCUGCGAGUGCCCCGAGCGCAGGAAGAGCUUCGUGCGCUGCUCCAGCUCCAUCCCCCAGGGCAGGAUCUGCGCUGCAUGAUCCCCAGUGACCCCCGGUGGGCAGAGCCCCGCUGAGCUCUGGUGCUGCUGAUCCAUGUUGGGAAAACACCUGGCUGGGGGCUCCACAUCCUCCUGGCUCCCAUCCCAGUCCAAUUCCCAUUCCCUCUCUCAUUUCCUCUCCCUGUCCCGUAUUCUCUGCCCGGUUGUCGUUCCCAUAUUCCCAGUCCCAUAUUUCCUGUGUGUUGGGAAGGGUAAGGAUUUGAUAGGAAGCUCUCAGAGAUAUUUAUGUACAACAUUUCCAUUUCUAUAUUUCCAGUGCAGUUCCCAUAUUCCUAUUCCCAAUCCCAUUCCCGUAUUCAAAUUUGCAAUCCCUUUCCCAUCUUCUAAAUCGCCAUCCCAUAUUCUCUCUCCAAUUGCUAUUUCCGUAUUCCGUGUCCCGUUCCCAUAUUCCAAUUCCCAGUUCCUCUUUUCAUUCCCGAUCCCAAGUCCCUGUACCCAUUCCUAGAUGUUGGACUGGAGAACACAGAUGCAUCUCAGAGAGAAAACAGAUUGCAUGCAUUAAAUUAAAAACCUUUUGAGAAAUUAAACUACAUUAUGCCACACAGACAUGCAAUAGAGGUCUGUGCUUUUGUUUUAAUUAAGUAGAAAUAUUAGUUUGCAUAGAUACGAAGUAAAAGUAUAAAUCUUAGUUUGAAGUGCCUUAUAAGUAAAAGUCUUAGAAUCUGGUGUGAAAAAUAACCUGCAGUGAAAACUCAAAACCACAGCUCUAGAGAGAAUAAAAGUAAGUAGAACUUUUGCAAUAUUCUUCAGACAGAAAGACAGGGCAUGUGCACAAGUUAGACGUAAACUUCUGUCUUACAGAAGAACAAUUCUAAUACAUUUAGGAGAAAUGUUUGGGUUCCUGUUUUUGAUCAUUGGGAAAUUUGUCAAUAAAGAUCUGUGUAUUGGAGCCAAAGCUCUCUCUUGCUCCUCUCUCGUCGCUCUCCCUUCCUCACCC